AUGCGAACCAACCGAGCCACCAAUGCUGGCUACUGGAAGACAACGGGCAAAGACAAGGAGAUCUUCCACUAUGGAGUUCUUGUCGGAAUGAAGAAAACACUAGUUUUUUACAAGGGCAGAGCUCCCAAGGGCGAGAAGACCAGCUGGGUUAUGCAUGAAUACAGACUACAGACCGAUUUCCCUUACAAAUCAUCCAAGGAAGAAUGGGUUGUGUGCAAAAUCUUCAAGAAAAGCGACAACUUUCAUAUGAAGAAGCCUGGUUCAAGCUUUCCUUCCAUGUUGCUGGAAUCUCCCGGAAACACACUGAGUGACCAGUUUGGAGAUAUUGAUGCAUCCAUCUUGAAUAAUAUUCGUGAUUCUUCAAGUCAUUUUAAUCCAUUAUUGCAAGUAGAUGAUGAAAAUAAGAUGGAUUUGAAGCUAUAUAUGAACUUGUUAUAUGGUAGAUGCCAAACAAAUGAAUCAUUCAAUGCUGGAUCAAGUAUGGGUGCGUUUGAGGGGAAUGGGGAUGCUUUUGUUGGAUCUCAGGAGUUAAAAUUUGCUGAAUUUGUGCAGAAGCAGCAGGGGCAGGAGCAGGAGGAAUCCCUAUGGAGAGGAUAUUGA